AAAAAAAAAAUUUAUUAUGCUGCAAUUCAAGUGACAGUUUUGUAAAAGCUAAUGCUUUAACUUCGUUUGAAUAAUAUGGCCAAUAUCAGUAGCUCAAUCUGUGGCCUGCGUUCAGGCGGGAGUUCUGGACCUUUAAAUUUGAAUUUUGCCGGUUUGAAAAAAGCGAAGAGGCGCACUUAUGCUCGGUGAGCGGACUGAUGGUUUUGGCGGAAAGCUGUGCAAAGGUAAGCUUCUGAAAAACUUGUAUGUCUGCCUAAAUAAUAUUAUUAUUGUUAUUCAGCUUAGUGCAGCUAGUAUGCACAUUAGUUUAUGUUGUUUGAGGAGAAAUAUUUAACAGUUCAGCAGCAAAGCUCUAGCAGGUAAAAAUUUUUAAGUAAAAUGUUUUUGCUAAUAGUUUACCCGAAUGGAGCUUGCUAGCUAUAUGCCACUUGGUAACUAUCCGUAACACUAACUUUUGAUAUACAGUACCUGCUGCUGACAUACGUUCAUAUUACCUCGCCCUCGAGGUGGUACGUUACUAACGUUAGCUGCUGGCACAACCGUUAAUGGGGCUGUGAAAAACGUUCGCAAGUCACUCUCGAAGACGGCAAACAGUGCUUUAUUUGUAUUAAGGAGUUAGAUGACAAACGGUUAAAUGUCUGUUAACAAAGAUAUAGUGAUAAUAAUAAUGAUAAACCUCUGGCCAGAAUUACAUAGAGAGAUGGUAGGCUAUGCUUGUAUUAAGUACAACCUCAGCUUUUCUAAUAAGAGAAAUUCCGGUUAAAAAUACACUCAGUGCUUCCCAAUCUGAAAUAGACGAACUGCCACAGCUCGUUUAUCUUUUUACCUUUCACCAUUUCAUGUUUUAAUGUGUACCAUUUCAUAAUUCCACCAGAAUAUUAUUAUUACAUACUAUGGUUUAAAACAAUACUCUAACAGCUGCAUAUCGUAUUAUUUACUAUUAAGAAAAAAGAAGUAUACUUAAGUAAAGGUCAAGUAAUUGUAAAAGUAAACUUUUUUUAAUAAGUAUACUAGUAUCAAUGUACUAGUAGUGUACUUAUUGUUUUACUAAUUGCGUAUGGGACUAAACUGGCCCAUUUUCUAGUUUAUAAGAGUAUACUUUCCUUUUUUAAUUUUUAAAUUAGUAUGCAAAUAGCUCACUUCAAUAAACUUGUUUUUCAUAAGGGAAAUCCAAAACACAAUAUCUAUUAUUAUUAUUAGUAAUGUUACUACAGCUUGUAGUACAUAAUACUUUAGUGUACUACAGUAUUUUAUCAUUUGGGAUGAACAUAAUUCACAGGAAAUCCUUACAAACUGGUAAUAAAUGUGGAUUGUUUUUAAAAAAGACUUUGUUAGUAUUAAACAUUUAAAAUCACCAAGAAUAAAAGUAAUAUAGGGGUCUUGUGCAUUUUGGUAUGUUUUGGGGAAUCUAACAUCUCUGAAAUUUGGGAAGCUCUGGUCUAUCAGUCUUUAACUAAUGCUAACAAUAAUGCACAAAUUACAAAUUAGGCACAUGAUUUUAACAGUGUGCUUGUGUUACAGAAAUUUGCUGGUGAGGGGUAAAAGAAGAGUGGCAAGUGCACUGUCAACAUAAAGAUCAACAUCAAGUAUAAACUGCGGAGAGAGCCUGCCUUUCAUAAUCCCUGUAGCCAUGUUUCACAUUGUGGAGUUUCUGGAAACCCAAGAAGUUGAAGUUGUGCCAGCACUGUGGGUUGCAGAUGAAAUUUGUCAAUGGCCAGCUCACUACAAACCUGACGAAUUAGUGAAGGCCAUACGGAGCCAGGAGCAGCCUGGACACACAUGGGAUACAUUUCAUGUUCGAAUUUUAUAUACAGCUGCAAACUACAAAAGUGCUCGACUAAAACUUCCUGAAGCUGAAGCCCACACUGAUCUUCAAACAGCAGAGGAAGACGAGGAUGUCAAUCCAAAGAAAAAGCGAAAACGCCUACCAAACAUUCGCUUUGAAAGUGAGAGUGAGGAGGAAGUUGCUGUCAAACAAAAAAGGACAUUGCCUUCAGCCCCAAAAAUAAAAUUGCCGAACUUUGAUAUACCUCUACUGCACAAACUUCUUACAAAUCAAGAAAUGAUUUUGGAACAACUUAAAGUGAUUCAGAUGAAUCUGCAAAAAACAUGCCAACCUGCCCAGGGGCAGGAUCCCCUCAAGGGAGAAGUGCUGCCGCUGAAAGAUGUGACUGCCCUCCUUGCUUUGGAAAAACGUCUCAGAGAAGAGGAAGACCUCAAAAACAAAAUGAUUACUACCUUCAGUGUCAUUGGAGGAGUUGACAUUAAGGAUAGUGUUUGGCGAAUUAUGAAGCACUGUUUUACCAACACCCUUGCCAAACAGCUCAACUGGCGUGGCAUCAAUGGCAAAACAGCUUUCCAUGGACUGCAUAUGAAAGAUGUAAUAACUGGGACUGUGAGAAACAACAGACUUACAGCAACAGCAACUGAUCAAGAGGUUGAGUGCUACAUAAAACGAUGGCUUCACCUUGCAAGUGACCGAGAUGGAGGGAGAAGAGAAAGAGAGGAGCGAAGACGGACUCUCCAGAAAAACUAUCUGGCAAACAGGAGUGGACCGCCCAAGUGCCAUCAUUCCAUGCGGUAUGUGGGCCGGAUGUAA